GGGAGUCGCCUACGCCUACUUCCUCCCGGGAGGAGGGGCUCGAGUUCCGCGUCGUCGCGCAGAGCUGACUCUGGGAGGCGUUUGGGCCCGGAGAAGUGGAUCGGCCGCUUUCGCCGCAUGGAGUCCGAAUCGGAAAGCGGAGCCGCUGCUGACACCCCUCCACUGGAGACCCUAAGCUUCCAUGGUGAUGAGGAGAUUAUCGAGGUGGUAGAACUGGAUCCCGGUCCGCCGGACCCAGCAGAUGAUCUGGCCCAGGAGAUGGAAGAUGUAGACUUUGAGGAAGAGGAAGAAGAGGAAGAGGGCAACGAGGAGGGCUGGGUUCUGGAGCCCCAGGAUGGGGUGGUCGGCAGCAUGGAGGGUCCAGAUGAUAGUGAGGUCACCUUUGCGUUGCACUCAGCAUCUGUGUUUUGCGUGAGCCUGGACCCCAAGACCAACACCUUGGCAGUGACGGGGGGUGAAGAUGACAAAGCCUUUGUGUGGCGGCUCAGCGAUGGGGAGCUGCUCUUUGAGUGUGCAGGCCAUAAAGACUCUGUGACAUGUGCUGGUUUCAGCCACGAUUCUACUUUAGUGGCCACAGGGGACAUGAGUGGCCUCUUGAAAGUGUGGCAGGUGGACACGAAGGAGGAGGUCUGGUCCUUUGAGGCAGGAGACCUGGAGUGGAUGGAGUGGCAUCCCCGGGCACCGAUCCUACUGGCGGGCACAGCUGACGGCAACACCUGGAUGUGGAAGGUCCCAAACGGUGACUGCAAGACCUUCCAGGGUCCCAACUGCCCAGCCACCUGUGGUCGAGUCCUCCCCGAUGGAAAGAGAGCUGUGGUUGGCUAUGAAGAUGGGACCAUCAGGAUUUGGGACCUGAAGCAGGGGAACCCCAUUCAUGUACUGAAAGGGACUGAGGGUCACCAGGGCCCUCUGACCUGUGUUGCCACCAACCCAGAUGGCAGCCUGAUCCUGACUGGCUCUGUGGACUGCCAGGCUAAGCUGGUCAGCGCCACCACCGGCAAGGUGGUCGGCGUUUUCAGACCUGAGACGGUGGCCUCCCAGCCCAACCUGGGAGAAGGGGAGGAGAGCGAGUCCAACUCUGUGGAGUCCCUGGGCUUCUGCAGUGUGAUGCCGCUGGCAGCGGUCGGCUACCUGGAUGGGACCUUGGCCAUCUAUGACCUGUCCACGCAGACACUCAGGCACCAGUGUCAGCACCAGUCGGGUAUCGUGCAGCUGCUGUGGGAAGCAGGCACCGCUGUGGUUUACACCUGCAGCCUGGAUGGCAUCGUGCGCCUCUGGGAUGCCCGGACCGGCCGCCUGCUCACUGACUACCGGGGCCACACGGCCGAGAUUCUGGACUUCGCCCUCAGCAAAGAUGCCUCCCUGGUGGUGACUACAUCAGGAGACCACAAAGCAAAAGUAUUUUGUGUCCAGAGACCUGACCGCUAACGACUGCAGCCUCUGUUCUGAAUCUGGUGUUGCGGGGACACCCCACCACCAGCAGAGGCGGUAGGGUGCCUGGGAGGAGGAGGGGAGGGGCCUCAGACUACUUUCCAACCCCCUUCACGCUGACUUGCCCCCGUGUCCCUUUCUUCUCUUAAGAGACCCCCCCGGCCCCCAGGGGCCCUUGUCUCCCUUCCCUACGUCCCGACCUGGUGGAUCCUUCGAGGGAGGUUCGACCUCUUUCUCUUUAACUUUUAUUUGCUGGUGUGAGCCAUGGGGGUGCAUAUUUGUAUGUGGGGAGUAGUUCUCCGCGGUUCCCGUUCUUUCCCUUCCCAAGUCUCGGGGGACGGAAAGGAGGAAGAGAUACUAGUUACAGAUUUUAAAAUGUAAAUAAAAUAUGCUUCCCAGA